CUCGAAAACCAGUCAUCCAGGCCUGGCUUUCCUCUGUCGUCGAAAUGGCUGACGACGACGAUCAUCCUUCUCACACAUGGCAGCGAGACCGUCUCUGGGACGACUGGCAGUCCUCGAUGCAAAUCGCCCAAACCAUCCUCCUCUCCAGCAGUACAAAAUUACGUUUACGAUUCAUUCAAGAUGAAUUGAAGUGGCUUGCCAAUGAUCAAGAAUUGAGUCUAAGUCAGACGAUGGACGUGUUCAAGUUGCUCAUGCAAACGUAUCCCCGAUACAUCGACACGCAGUCCAGAGAGGCUGUCGAAGAACUGGGAAUGCUACUGAUCAACAAAGAUGAAUCGAGAGAUGCCGAUUGCAGGUUGGGCAUCGCAGAACAAACAGUGGACUGGCUAGUCCACGAAGUCUCGUCACUUGCAAAACCAGGCAUCAUCAGCUUCUAUGCGCCCGCAGACGCGUUUGUCUUGCUAAGUUGGGCAUGUGGACUAUACAUUGCCUGCUCAAAAUCACCCCCUUCUGAUUCUUGGCGCAAGCUGGUCGGCGUCAUCGCCGUACUGGUGGACUUCCAACUUAACCCAUCCACACAUUCCAAACCGACCAUGCAAAACAGUGCGCUCGUGCGAACACGCAGGGCACUUCGCUCCGCACCUGACCGACUUUCGAUGCUCAUGUCUGCACUCAUUGCGCAGGCCAAAUCCAGCCAAACACCUCUUGUAUACAUCCCUCUCCUCGGGACAGCCGUGGACGUGACCCUCCGCCUGAAAAAUGUGAAGGAUGAUUCUUUGAAGCAGAUAACACCUGCCAUCAAGGAAGAUAUUAUGGCGUUGUACACCAGUGCUGUUCUUAUGUCCAAAGGCUCCGUUUCUCCCCAUACAUCCAAUGCAUUUCACGACUUCAUCGAGUCGUCCGUCGAUCCUAUCAUACUGUCCAGCUCAGUUCUUCCAACAAUGGAGAAAGCAUUACUACGUUCACCCGAAUACUCCCUCAGUGUCACACGCGACUUCUUUCUAGCAUAUUCGCACCCUCUUGACAUUGCCAUCUUCAAGAAGCUCCUCACGUCCUGUCUCAGUUCUGCCAAGUCCAGCAAUGCCACAGCUCGCGCCAAUACUAGUGCACUCUUCAAGGUCCUUGUGAACAAAGUCCCCGCCGAUGCCUUGGGUUCGGCAGUCCCUGAAAUCUUAGCCCUGCCACAAGCGGGCAAAACCACUGGACCUGAUCACCGUGCAACCCUUUAUACGAUGCUAUCAAUGGUUCAGCCCAGCGCAAGCGUGUCUCCCUUCAUCGUCAAAGCACUCCCCCCGCUGAUACUGAAAGAAACGAACGAUACCUCCAUCACCAUCCUCACGUCCACCCUCCCACCCCACCUCACAUAUCUCCUCCAAUCCAAAACUGACAUACUCAUGGAAACGCGGACCUCCAUAGCUAAAGAAAUGACAAACCCCAAACCCGCCCUACGCAAAUCUUUUGUCUCGAUCGCCGGAAACACGCUUUGGAAUUUGGCCUCGCUCGAUACCGAGCCCGCUAUUAGCUUUGUGAAUGCUAUCAAGGGCUCACUUGAGACGAAUUUAAAGAGUGUAUCUGCGAAUCCUCUAGGUGCGGCUGCUGGAUUGCUCGAGGGGUACGUCGCUCUGGCCGUUCUUUUAGGACCAUUGUCUAGGUCGGGUCAAUUUGCCGAUCUUGUCGCACGCAAUACAUCCGUAGAGAUUAUCGCUGGAACACCCACCAAACCUUCUUUCCUUGUCUGGGAAAAGAUCUAUCAGCGUCUAGGAGAUGUUGAAGAAGAAACGUGGUUAUUACGUUGCGUAGAUCUUGUUGUUGGGCAUCUUGAGACCGAACUAUUGAAGAAUGAGCAUUUGAGGACACAAGUCGGCUCUAUAUUCCUCCACUUAGCGGUGCAUUCCUCUUCUUUCGAAACGCGCCGCAGCGCCAUACGUACUCUCGAACUGGCGGUAUCUAGACAUCCUAAUCUCGUUCCCCUCUUCAUAAGAGAAUCACUUCUGGCAGCGUUGACGAAGGAUAAGUCUUCAACAACGACCUCGAAAUCGGUAGUUGCGGUACCAUCGCCAUCGCAACCGGCGUCUGACGACCGCGAAAAACCGGCAGCAGUGGAUAAACAAAGGCGAUAUGCCUCUCUUCUCCUUGCAUGUGCAGCAGGUUUAGGUUCGGGAAGCCAGACAUCUCCGUUUCAUGACCAAGGUUUGGGAGUGGCGGAUAGUGCAGCUUUCACCGACCCCAUCCUAGCUGACUUUGUCGUACUUGCCCACCAUACUAUAAUAUCGCCGCCCUCACAUUCGUUGUGGAUUGAGAUGUGUCAGAAGGCGGGACGUGAUCCCCAUGAUCUAGUGCAGAGACACAUCGACUCGAUAAUGAUGACCGUUCUUGAAGCGUCGAUGGUUGACCCUAAGUUGGGAUUCGCAGAUGCCAGCUAUCGUACUAUCGGCACUCUGGCCUUCGUAUGCCCUGAGGUUGUUUUGCCGCGCGUCAUGGACCAGUUGCGUGCAGAUAUCGAUGUACAGAGUAUCAACGCUUUGACGGAGACAGAUUUCGGGAUCUAUGAGACGCCAGAAGGGACUGCGUAUACUGAUGUGUUGUCUUCUAAUAAGAAAGAGGAAGGCCCGAAAAAAGGGAAGGAUGCCGACAUCGCCAAGUGGGAGGCAGAGCUGCGCCAAUCCUUAGCGAGCAAAAAGGGUUCUAGCCAAAGGGCAAGCAGCACCGUUACACUAUCGAAACAAGCUGCGGCACUCUUGCAAGCACAAUUGGAUAAAGAGGCCGUGGUGCGGCAGCGUGUGAUAUCGCUCAAGAUUCACUUGCAGCGCGCUCUGGCAUUCAUCAGGAGCGUGGUAUCGACGAACGCUCCAGAAGCCCGCGCGUACGUCUCCCCAAUUUCGGCGAUGUUACUGGAAGGGGCACUCGGACAAGGAUCAAAGUUGGUUGGCAACGCCCUAUUCGAGACCUUCAUUGACCUGGCUCGCUGCUGCUCGGAACGGCUCGAUACGACUCGAAAGUGGGUGGGCGUUGCUAUACUUAGAGCCCUUCAGUUUCCGUGCAUUCCGGAGGAAUUUCUGGCCGAGCCGCUGCAUGCGCUUGUGUUGCGGGUCUUGUAUCGCCUGAGGUCAAUUUCGGAGCAAUCCCCGUUUGACGCUGCCACCUUCUCGUACGCAUUCCCUCUCCUAGCGCGGGUGCUUCACCAAGGUGGGAUCGAUGUCUCAGAAGAUGAAGAAGCGCUAGAACAAGUCGCGCUAGUCUUGGAUAUCAUCCGGUUCCACAGCAACGAAUUCUCGGAUACGAAUUUCCCACGCAAAGAUGCGAUGGAGAGUCUCGUCCAUGUUAUCAAGCUCCAGCCAAGGCUAAGCAAAGAGGCGUCAUCGGCUCUGGUUGACAUUGGCGAAGCUAUCCUAGCGACCGCCACCUACGCCGAGAUAUCAGUAUUGAUUCAAGGGACGCUCAAUCAAGAGAUCCACGUGCGAAACUCGUGUCUACAGGCCAUUCAGCCGCUUGAUCUGACUGAUUUCGAUUGGUCACCAGAGUUAUGGAUCGCUUGUCAUGACGAGGAUGAGCAAAACGCUCGUCUGGCGAAUCAUGUAUGGGAAGAUAAUGGCUUGGACGUUCCAGAAGAUUUCCUUGGACAGCUCCUUCCGUUCUUGGGGCAUGUGAAUGCAUAUGCAAGAGCAAGCUCAGCGUUUGCCAUAGCCGAUGCCGCUGGCCAUCUUCCUCAAACAAGCGAGAAGAUAAUCGUUGCCUUGCAAGAUCUCUACUGCGACAAGGCCAAAAUCCUCGCACCUGAGUAUGAUGAAUACGGAAUGGUUAUUCCGGAAACUCUGAAUCGUCCUGACCCUUGGCCAACCCGUGUGGCCAUCGCGUCUGUCUUUGAACAAUUGGCACCAGUUUUCCCGGAUACCCAGGUAGAAGCUUUCAUCCGCUUUCUAAUCAAGGAUGAAGCGUUGGGUGAUCGUUCAUCUGAGGUACGUCGGGGUAUGUUGCAAGCAGGUACCGCUGUCGUGGAUCAUCAUGGUUCGGCACAACUCACUGGGUUGUUGACGAUCUUUGAGGAUCACCUGGCUGCUCCAAGCACUGCGUCAGAAACAAGUGACCAGACCAAGGAAGCCGUAGUGAUACUGUUCGGCCGAGCAGCUCGUCACCUGGAAGCCUCCGACCCCCGUAUUCAGGGAAUUGUGGGCCGCUUAGUGGAAGCCCUCAAGACGCCAGCCGAACAAGUCCAAGUAGCCGUUUCAGAUUGUCUUGUGCCCUUGGUUCGACUGAUGGGAGACCGCUUGGACACUUUCGUCGGUCACUUGUUUGACGAACUUUUCCAUGCACCCAAGUAUGCAGCACGCCGGGGCGCAGCGUAUGGUUUGGCAGGUACGAUCAAGGGGCUCGGUAUUGGAUCUAUGAAACGCUUCGAUGUCAUCAACCGUUUACGGACCGCUGCUGAGGACAAAAAACGAUUUGAGUUUCGCCAGGGAGCGAUGUUCGCCUUCGAAACUCUUUCCACCACCCUUGGCCGACUGUUUGAACCUUACAUUACCUUCAUGCUUCCUCUUCUCCUGUCUGCAUUUGGGGAUGGGACUGCUGAUGUGCGUGACGCAGCUCAAGAUGCCGCGCGUGUUAUCAUGGGUAACAUGUCUGGGUAUGGUGUAAAACUUAUCUUGCCGUCUCUCCUUUCUGGUCUGGAUGAGAAGCAAUGGCGAUCGAAAAAAGGUUCUAUUGAGCUGCUCGGGAUGAUGGCUUAUUGCUCUCCGAGACAGUUGUCAUUAUCCCUACCCAUCGUCAUUCCUCGACUUACGGGUGUUCUAACGGACACCCAUGCACAAGUCAAAGCUUCAGCAAAUAAGAGUCUGAAGCAGUUUGGUGAAGUCAUCAACAAUCCUGAGAUCCAAGCACUGGUUCCAACACUGCUGAAGGCCUUGGUAGACCCCGCCAAGACGACGAACGCUUUGUCCUCGCUGCUUGAAAACGUCGUCAUUCCUGUCAUCGAGCGAGGCCUCCGUGAACGAGGUGCGGAAGGGAAGAAAAAGGCUGCUCAGAUUGUUGGCAACUUGGCAUCCCUCACGGAUUCCAAGGACUUCGUCCCUUACCUGUCGACUCUUCUUCCCCAUGAGGCGCGAGCUACUGCAGCAAAGACUUUGGGAGUUCUUGUCGAGCGGCUCGGAGAGGUUCAUUUCCCUGAUCUCGUCCCAGGGCUCCUGAGGACGCUGAAAGCGGAAACAUCUGGCGUCGAUCGUCAAGGUGCUGCUCAGGGGUUGAGUGAAGUCUUAUCUGGGCUCGGAAUGGAAAGACUGGAAGGUCUUUUACCGGACAUCAUCGCAAAUGCUCAGUCACCUCGCAGUACCAUCCGUGAAGGCUUCAUGUCGCUAUUGGUGUAUCUGCCAGCAACAAUUAUAUCCCCGAUUCUCAGUGGACUUGCUGAUAGCGAAGAAUAUGUCCGUGACGCAGCCAUGCGUGCUGGCAGGAUGAUUGUAAUGAAUUACUCGGCCAAGGCAAUUGACCUACUGCUACCGGAAUUGGAACAAGGGAUGUUUGACCCCGGAUGGCGUAUUCGUCAAUCGUCGAUUGCUUUGGUAGGAGAGCUCCUCUUCAAGGUUUCGGGUAUCAAAGAGGAUGCGGAACCGGUUGUCGCAGAAUCUUCACGCCGUGCACUUGUUGAAGUUCUUGGAGAAGAACGUCGCGAUCGUAUACUCUCGGCACUUUAUGUUGCAAGACAAGAUGCUGUGAAUGUGGCGCUAGUACACAACACACCUCGGACAGUUCGCGGAAUCCUUCCCGAGCUGGUCAGCCAACUCAUCAAAUUGUACGCCGGUGGAGAGGAAGAACAGCAAGAGACUGCUGCUCGUACAACCCUCGAGUUGUGUCGUAAAUUUGGCGAGAAACUAGUAGGUGAAAUCGUGGCAAUUUUGAAGAACAUGUCGGCAUCACCAGACACGCGUACUCGGGAGGGAGUGUGCCUCAUGCUUUCCGAUAUCAUGCAAAGCACCACAGACACCCAAAGAGAAGGUCACGAAAGCGAGAUUGUCAGCGUGGUUCGAACCUCGCUCGUUGAUGAUGACAUCACCGUUCGUUCGGCGGCAGCCAAGGCGUUUGACACCCUUCAGGAGCAUAUCGGAGGAAAAGCAAUCGAUCAGAUCAUCCCGACGUUGCUGGAAGCCCUAAGGCAACCUGGAGAAAGUUCCGGCACCGCCUUACAAGCCCUUCGGGAGGUUAUGUCUAUUCGGGCGUCUACUGUAUUCCCCGUUCUGAUACCUACCUUGAUCUCUACCCCGAUGACCAUCUUCAACGCGCGUGCAUUGGCAUCACUAGUCACAGUCGCCGGAAACGCUCUAAGCAAACGGCUGUCCGUUAUCCUGAAUGCUCUCGUCAAGGUUUUCGAAGAGGACGAAGAUGAAGAGCUUCUCGGUGCUACUGAUGAGGCCCUUCGAGCCCUGCUUGGGUCAAUCGAAGAUCCGGAAGGGCUCAACACGUUGAUGAUGCUUCUCCUUGGAUGGACGAAGAGUGAUGCUCCCAGGCGACGGGCAAGCGCCUGCUCGUUCUUUGCCUUGUUCUGUGAAGAAUCACAGAUAGACUCUUCACUAUAUCGCGUUGAUUGGAUCCGACAGCUGAUAUCGCUUUUCGACGAUCCUGAAGUUGUGGUGCACACCGCAGCCUGGAAAGCAUUCGAUACGUUCGUGAAAUCCGUUCCUAAAGACGAAUAUGAGCCGCUUGUCGUCGCCCUACGUCGUACGAUCGAGGGUACUGGGGCUCCAGGGAGAAUCGUUCCUGGUUUCAGCCUGCCCAAGGGUGUCGCACCCACUGUUCCCAUUAUCAUUGCUGGACUAACGACCGGAAGCAACGAGCAGCGCGAGCAUGCAGCGUAUGCUAUCGGAGAUCUAGUCGAAAGGACGGACGAACUGGUCAUGAAAUCCUUCGUUGUUCCCUUCACAGGACCUCUGAUCCGUGUCGCCACUCAAGCAACGACGUAUCCUCCUGGCGUGAAGACUGCCAUCCUAUCUGCACUAGCCAGUCUGCUGGAGAGGAUUCCUAACCAUGUCAAGCCAUUUUUCCCUCAACUACAACGGACAUUCGUCAAGUCUGUCGGUGACCCUGCGAGUAUCGUUGUGCGCACGAAAGCUGCAGAAGCCCUGGGGAUUCUUAUGCGUAGUCAACCAAGGGUGGAUCCAGUAGUCACCGAGCUGAUUAACGGCGUACACGGGAGCGAAGAAGAGAUCGCGGCCAGCUACGUGUUGGCAUUAUCUCAUGUCGCCCAAAAUGCACAAGCCCACGGCGGAAUUGGUGAAAAGGCUAGAGAAUCAUGCACGGAACUCCUCCACCGAGCAUUCCGAGAGACUCACGAUGAUCAUCAUACACUGGCGAUGGCAGGCCUUUUCGUUUCACUGUCGGCGAGUCCGGAGUCUGUGAAGCCCAUUGUAAGUACAUACCUCACCUCGGGCACUGCUCCCUCCGCUCUAUCUUCCCAAAGUAUUCUCGCUGUUUUGGCUUCGGAUGAUUCAAAUCGACUCGACCCCAGCGAGACCGUCUUUGCGAAGCUGGGUCUUCUACGUUCUGUCGCGUUAAAAGUGAAGGAGAGCGCUGCCAAUGAACGGCCUAUCAUUUCGCGACCUGCCCGGGAAGCUCGGGAAUCUUUAAAGGAAAUGGCUGCAAAUGGUGAAGCAAGUUUGGCGGGCAUAUUUUGACAAAUGCUUCGAGAUACUUGUAGAAUUUGUGCACGUUUACUGAUAUCUUUGUUCUCGUACCUGACGCAUCAUCACCAACUUUACUUCA